AUGUCAGUUGGAUCAGCUACCUCAGAAGAACUGGUGAAACGCAGCUGGAGUUUCUCCCGGCUCUUUGGGAUGCGUUUUGAGAAACAAGCGGAUUCGCCGCAGGUCCUCCUCACAGGAUGCGCAGAGACAGCAGAUUGUUCUCCAUGCAAUACCCAGGAUUCACGUCACAGCUCCGAGAGUAAAGCUCGCAAUACGCGGGGCAGUCUCCGCUUUUUCUCUAGGCAAAAGAGCCCAGUGCCAUCAGAUAUGGAUGUUCCUGCAAAGCAGCCGUUGAGACGAGCUCGCUCCACCUUAGGUUUCUUCAGGGGCACAUUCAAGGCAAAGUCAUUUUUCAAACAUGGAAACAUUACCACGAGUCAACAUGAUCAGAAUGUGCCCGCUACAAAUUACUCUGACCCACCAGUCGCUGGUUUGGAUGCAGAAUGCGAGCUGCAGCCAAAAUUCGCACCUAUACGUCCCGCUACUUUGCUAUCUAUUCAAUCUACCAGGUCACUUGAGGAGAUCCGCGGUAACCAGGAAUAUAACGAACAGACGCGAGACAUCAUCAUGGAAGAGAGUAAAGGCUUAGCUGCUCCAGCACAUGGAUUGUCAACACAGGACGGCCUAGGUCGACGUAUGACCUCGUUGUCUCAGAGGCUCAGAAACUACUUCCAUAAAAACAAGAACAACAUUCAGUAUCACGAUGUAUGCAGGUCCCUGGACUUCCUAUCCAUUGAUAUAGCAACAUUAAAUUCGUCCUACUUCACAAAUUUUGACCAUGAGCAGAAUCGCAACCGUCUCUCAGCCCGAUCUUCCCUCGCCAAUACAGUAAGCCAUACCUCCACCCUUUCUCUACCCUUGAAUGCACACGUUAGCCCUGGAAUACCAGAUACCUGGACAUCGUCACCGCCUGUGAACUCCUAUGAAAGCUUGGCUUCUGAUGUGGGAACCGCGGUAGAUGAGGACUUCGGUGCUGAACUGUGCCGCACUCAAUGUCUCGCCGAUGGCAACAGCUCUCUCACUCUGGACAAUACACGGCUAUCAUCGUGGCUAUCAUCCGUCACCUCCAAACUUUUACCUAUUAGAUCCUCUGUUGACCAAAAUACCCAGGCUAUAGGAAAUUGGGCUCGCCAACAACAAACUUACUCAGAACGCCAAGCCUUACAACAAGAGCUGUUUGCCGAUUCUUUGCUGAUUUCCCCAGAAGAAUAUCCUAUUGCUGCUCAGAGAGUAAUGAGUGGCGCGCUGUCCCCUGAGUCGCCUGGUUUGACACCUUUGCCCGCCAUUCAUCUCCAAGGGACUCACAGCUCGACGAUAAGUCUUUCUCUAAGUACAUCGCCAGGGCUACCAACUCACUUGCAAUUCAUGGUGGAAGCCAUCGACAAGACAUCAGGAGACUAUAUGACGGAUAGCCGGCAAUGCUCUCGCACACGCAUUCCGCAAGAACUUGAUAAACUGUCACACUUAUCAAAAGAGAACGAGGACCCUACCUGGGUUAAAUUCUCCAAGCUAUGUAGCGAGCGUUCUGCCCAACUACGCACGGAUAGAACUCAUAAUAUCCCUGGGAAAUCAGAAGCCCAUACUACCGUGAAUAACAGUUUAUUCCAGUCUAUUGCACAGGAAUCAGGCUCCUGCGGAGAGAUGCCUCUAUCUACGAGCCAUAACCAGCUAUCUUCUAGGAGCUUCACGAGGCCCAGGCCUAGAGGUAGUCAGGACACUGAAUCACAAAUACUCUAA